AUGCCUCAGACAUACAAAGAAAUCUCGGCCAUUGCCCAAAAGAGGCGUGAUGAUGCCAUCAAUGCCUUCUUCAAGGUCCCCGAUGUCAGGGAAGGAGACCUACCACGAGAUCUGAGAUCCUUCCCCAAGACCUCUGGGCUGCUAUCCGCCGAAGAGCUUGAGAUCAUCAACUCGGACGCCGAGACGCUUCUUCAACGGAUCAAAAGCAGAAGUUUAACUUCGGUGGCAGCGACAAAUGCAUUCUGCAAGGCUGCAGUAAUUGCCCAGAAGCUGACAAACUGUGUGACUGAAGUCCUCUUCCGUGAAGGGCUGGCACGAGCCAGGUAUCUGGAUGAAUAUCUCGCGAAGAAUAACAAAACCAUUGGCCCCCUCCACGGGUUGCCGUUGUCGUUGAAAGAUAACUUUAUCACUCCCCCGCAUCCCUCUUCAAUUGGAAUGUCGUUAUACGCCAACGAACCCACCGACAAAGAAUCAGUUUUAGUGCAUAUCCUCAAAGACCUGGGUGCAGUAUUCUAUGUCAAAACCAACGUCCCAACGGCUAUGAUGAUGCCCGAAACAUCCAACCGAGUAUGGGGUGAAACGCGGAACCCCAUCCAUAAAGGCCUUACUCCGGGCGGUUCUUCUGGAGGCGAAGGUGCCAUCAUGGCCAUGAGAGCCUCUCCUCUUGGAGUGGGCACUGAUAUCGGUGGCAGCAUUCGAAUCCCCAGCGCUUUCUGUCAUUUAUAUGGACUAAAACCAUCCUUUGGGCGCCUCCCAAUUUGGGGAGGCAGGCCCAGUAUUCCAGGCCAGGAUUUCGUCAACGGUGUCUGCGGACCGAUGUCACCUUCACUACGAUCGAUAAAACUGUUCUGUGAGUCCGUUCUCUCAGAGGAAGCGGCACCCUGGAAUUAUGACCCAAAGAUCGUUCCCAUGCCCUGGAAGAAAGAUGUCAUCCAGCCCAAGGGACGAAAAUUGAGAAUCGGUGUGCUAGGAAACAAUGAUACCAUUAUCACUUGCCAUCCGCCCGUUGAGCGAGCUUUGGAAAUGGUAAAGACAGCCUUGCAAGAUGCUGGACAUGAUGUUUUUGAAUGGGAACCAAUUGCCCACCGGGAAAUCAUGAAUCUCCUUGCAGAAGGCUUCGAUGAACUGGGCUCCUCGGCCAUCAUGCCAAACCUCCAGGCCUUCCAGGAGCCCCUCUACGGCGCCAUGCAGAGAAUGUUUGCUGGCGGGAAGUCCUCCGGUGGAAAACUGGGCCCCGAAAAGCUGCGGGAAAUGAUCCUGAGGAGAAAUCAGCUUCAGAAGGACUACCUUGAUCGCUGGCUCGCGACCAAAACGGCCACAGCUGGGCCAAUGGACUGCAUUAUCACCCCAGUCGCAGCAGCGGCUGCUGCCCGCCUGGGACUGGGAGAAACGGUGGAUUAUGUAGGCUACACGGGAGUCGCAAAUCUGCUCGACCUUCCUGGCUGCACAUUCCCAGUCACAUAUGCCGACAAGUCUGUUGAUCUCAAGCGAGGCAGCGACUGGAAAGCUCUCAGCAGCAGAGACCAAGCAGUCCAGGAUGACUAUGAUCCGGAGUUCUAUCACGGGGCGCCCGUCUCCCUGCAGCUUGUCGGCAGACGAUUGGAGGAAGAGAAGGUGGUGGAGAUGGUGGAGAUCGUGUCGGAAGCGCUCAAGUUCCAGCCAAGGCCGAAUUUGUAA